AUGAUGACUAUUUCUACACAUAAUCAGAAAUUGAACCUUUGGAAACAUGAUUAUUUCAAUCAAACCAUUAAGAAUGUUAAUCACAACGCUACGAAAUCCCAGCUCGAGCACGAACGCGAUGCAUGUGAAGAAGAACUCUAUCGACUACGUUUCGGUAUUGAAAAUUUACUAAAUAAUCGAACGCCUAAUGGUUCGAAGUUUCAACGACAAGAAAAAUUUUCCAAUUUUUUUCGCAAGAUUGCCGAUCGUAUUGCUGGAUUGAAUAGUCGGUUUAGAGAAAAUUUUCUGAAAGAUUUUCAAAUAAGAUACAUAACUUUCGUAGGUACAAACACUAACAGUUGGUUCGAUCCAUGCUGUUCACCUUGUUGUCGACGUUGGAGAAGAUACCGACACAAUAACGAUGCGGAUCACAAUCAUAAUAAUAAGAAUUUUGAUAGUUCUCAACAUUCCACGCCAGCUCACAGUGAUUCGUUUGUUUCGACAUCGACAUCGCGAUCGCCUUCAGUGUCAUCGCAAUAUACAGAUACGAAUACAAAUUAUGAUGACGAUGAUUUAAAACAUGGCGUCGAAAAGUUAGUCAUUCAAAACAAUCCAAGUGUUGCCAAUCUAUUACGCUCCAACGAGAUCAAUGAUCCGGUGUAUAAUUCAAUGCUUGUCAAAAUUCUUGAAGCGAAAGCAUUGGAUUGUCUUUGUGCGGGAUAUUCUAAACAAAAUACGCAAAAACAGAUUGAGAAUGCAUUGUUGGAUAUUAAUAAAAGAGCCGCUCAACAGCCAUUGAAGUCAAAUAGUGUCACUCCAUCGCCCAGUCUCAGUUCAUCUUCAGUCUUAUCCGAUCUUCAAACACCAAAUGAAAAUCAACCUGACUCAACACCAUCAUCACCUGGGAAGAGCCUACCGAGUGCCAAACCUGAAACUAAAACUAAAUCAAACUUGAACGGUGGUGUUGAAGCACCGAGGAAAAAGUCGAAUGUGGCGGUUAAUAAAGCAAAAACAGCAAAGCCGAAAAAAUCGAAGAAAAAGAACAGAUCAUCUUCAAAACGCAGCCGACAGUCAAGUAGUAAAUCAAAACGCUCAAAGAAAACCAGUAGUAGCAGAAGAAAACGUAGUAGAUCCAACAAAAAAAGAAGUUCAUCGAAAUCCAAGAAGAAAAGCGCAUCAAGACCAUCAUCAAAGAAUAAACGUAGCAAUAAGUCAAAAUCGAGGAGUGGUGCUCCGAAGAAAACGAAAAAGAAAAAAUCGAAAGGCAGAUCGAAAUCCAAUAAUCACAUGAAUAAUCAUAGCUCUAUAUCUUCAUCGAUCAAAUCCAUCUAUCCUCAAUUAUACGAGCACAUGUAUCAAUAUCGCUAUUUGCCUUGCCAAGCAUUGUUUUCCAAAGACAUAUCCGAGAAUUAA